AUGUGCCAUAAAAAGACAACCAUCUUCGCAUGCAACUGCGUGCUGAGGAACCACCGACUCUGCUCUCAUUCGCAGAACAUAAUUGCCUCCUCCAUCCCCAGCCACGACAUGGAGGGCGGCUCUGAGAGCGACUCCGAGAGUGACUUUGACGACAGCACGACCGUCAACGACCAUGUCAACGGGCACAAUAACGCCAAUACCACUGGCGAGCGCAACAACAAUAAGAACAACAUCAAUGCCACCAGCCAGAACAGCACCGCCCCAACAAUCACCCUCCAAGUCCACAGCCCGCCUGUUUCCCCCUCAGAGGGUACCGCCACCCCGCUGGGCCUCAACGCCGGAGCCUCCCCCUUUGCUCCCACCCCGUCCCCUUUCGGACCGACGACUUCCUCCGUCGGUCCCACCGCCGUCACCUCCACCAUUUACUCUCCCUUAAACGUCGACACCCCUUCACGCUCAGCAACCAACAGCCCCUCCUUCUUCUAUACUCCAGCCUCCCAUACUGGCAACUCCUCCGCCGCCGGUCUCUCCUCGACGACUCCAAGCCACAUCUUCUUCGGCAACAUCCUCACCCCCAUUGCUCCCACCUCCAACUUGACCCUCCCCAUCUUCGGCCACGCAGCUUCAACCUCAAACCCAGCAACCGCCAACAUGCACCAGAACCAAAACACCAACAGCAGCUACCCCUUCACCUUUGCUGCCCCCCAGGCCACCAACGGCACUCUAACUCCGGUGCCCUCGGCCUACAUGUUCAACCACCUCUCCCAGGCUCGCCAAAACGUCAAUGAUCCUAAUCCCGAGGAACUCAUCAAAUACACUCUCGCUGAGACUCGCUCCCCAUCCACCCGCGACCCGCUGCCUUCAGGCUUCUACCCCCGCCACUUUGACUCCGCGCAACGCCAUAUUCACUGGAACGAGGUCAAGACUGAAUGGGUUGACUGCGCAGCGUUUUACUGCACUCAUUUUAUGGAUCUUCCGAACAUAAGUACCAAGGAGAAGGAGCAGGUGCAUAACGAUUGUCCUGAGUAUUUCGGCGAUGCGGAUAAGGUCGUGUUGGAGUUGGAUUUAUGCAAGGAGUGCAAGGGAUAUCAUUAUGAGAAGGCUUUGAGAGAGCAGGGUGGAAUUGCGGAGUGGGGGAUGGCGAUGGCUGUUGUUAAUGGGCGUGGACAUUCCGGUGGGAUGGGUCAGACUCAGCAGAGCCAGACUCAACACCAGAGCCAGCAGCAGGGAAUGCAUACCUCUAUGGGCAGUCAGCAACAUAACCGGGGCCAUACCCAUACCGACACCCAAAGCCAGACCACCAGCCAGCCACAAGUGGUUGACCAGCACGAUCACGAAGAGGCUACCGACGACGCCAAAUGGGACACCUCCCCGGCUUUCGAGGCAAUCGAGAAACUCGAGGCCCGCUACAACCUCCUUGGUCGGACUCUGCUACGUCAGCGCAUUCGCGAGGGGGGUCAAACUAUCAGUGUCAGUGGCCAUACUUCUGUCACUCAGACUCUUUCCAGCCAGACCCAGACUCCUUCCACCCAGGCUGUUCAGAGUCAGAUUUCCACUCAGACUCCCACUCCCACUCUCACACAGGCCCAGCAGACUCGCACCCCACCGACUUACGUCCAGGUGACCCAGGUGACCCAGGGACAGCCUGACAUGCUCAUGCUCGUUGGCGUGCCUGGUGCCUGGCCUAGACUGCAACAACAGCAGCAGGAGGAGGACGAAAGCGACGAGGACGACGGUGAUGAACAGGAUGAGCGGGAGGGUGAGGAUGGCGAUGAUGGAAAGAUAACCCCGACGACAGACGUGAUGGUUGACUCCCAUGGCUAUAGCAUGGUCGAUCGGUUUUUGCGUCGGAUUGGAUUGCCUACUUACUGA